AGCUCGUCCUACGGAAAGGAUAUUCCAAGAUUCGGCGUCGGGCUCCGUGGAUUCGAUCCGUGUCGAUCGCCUCGUCCACAGGACGAAGGAACAUUCUGGAAUCGAACGAGAGCGAGCACGAGCUGCAGCGGCGAGCAGGGUUUUGCUCGAGAUCUCUUUAGGCCCUCUCGUCUUCCUCCACGGUGGUCGAAAUUGUUCUCGCGAGCUUUGUUCUGACAGUCAGUCUCGAUUGCAGGGAUCUCACUCUCGCGGACGAAUCCGGAUUCUGAAAUUGCGGUGAAGGCCCGGGCGUAAUCGGCGGAUCGCGGAGGUCGUUGUCGUUCCAGAGCUUGUGAUUCGAUCGGAAUUAUGGCUCGCAACCGAAGCGCCGGUCGCCCUGCUGCUCGUCCCGCUCCUCGGGCUAUGGCAUCUCGAUCUCCUCCUCCGGCUCGCGUUCAGCCGGCCCCUCCUCCCGCCGUGCAGCAGCCUAGCGGAGGGGGCUCGAUGUUGGGAGGUCUUGCGAGUACCAUCGCCCAGGGUAUGGCUUUUGGAACGGGAAGUGCCGUCGCCCACAGAGCUGUGGAUGCGAUUGCUGGGCCCAGAACCAUUCAGCACGAGCAUGUGCAGACCAGCGACGGUGCAGGAAACACUUCUGACUCUCAGAUCACCACCGUUGCCCAGAACGCCUGCAGCAACCAGAGCAAGGCUUUCCAGGAUUGUAUUCAAGCGAACAACGAUGACAUUGGCAGGUGCCAGUUCUACGUCGAUAUGCUCAACGAGUGCCGCCGAGGAUCGUCGUCCUUGACAGUAUGAGGUUUUGCUCCAGAAUCGUAUCUGUGACUUGCAUAUGAUCCUGAACUGGUUCGACAGGGGAUGGUGUCUUGCUAGUGCUCCGAUGCCGGGCACCCCCAGAUGGUGAUUCGUGAGCUGACGAGAGCGUUUGUGUCCGGGAGAGUCUCCCAUUCAAGCCACGGUUUUCUUUCCGUCCAUGGGAGUACAUCGAUAGGCGAUAAAAACGUACAUAUCUGGGAGAGAUUGUUCGUGAACAGGACAUUAUGGUGUAAGAUGGAUGAAAUGAACUCAUUAAUGCGAUUAUAUUGUAAAUGUCUGUACACCUUGGUAUGCAUCAGAUGAUCUCUGAGUCGCACGGUAGCAAAAAUAAAGAGACAAGCUAAAAUCUUCUUGCCAGUUUCGGCGAAGAUUUUUACUCCAAGCCAUCAGGAAGAAAUGUAUGUGGUUUAUUUGACGAGUUUGGUUCCGUAGAUUGUCUUUGUUUCGUGGUCUUGUUGGCGCUUGUCGAAAGGUUUACGUAAUUCAUGUUACAUGUGAUUUGCCGACAUGUUGAUUACUGAGGCCUCUCGUUCUCUAUGUCCUUAAAUGUAAGAUUCAAUUAUGGAUCGUAAUGUGUCAAUGUCACUGAUGUCCAGAUACUCGUGUUUUAUAUAGGAAUACAGUUUCCGUUUUGACUGGUGUGACGUAAUUACCCACGUUUGUCAUACUCUUGUCUUUGUUCGUGUACAGAUCUCCAUUGAAGCUUAAUAAGUAGUUCUCCUUGAAGAAUUGUAUUUAUUAACAUUGGCCACUAUAUCCAACUAUAACUUCUACUUCUAAACACGGCUUUCACAUAUUGCGAGUGGUGUUUACGUUGUGUGAUUUUUUAUCUUAAUAGUUUGGUCUCCCUCAUGGGGAGGUCACUACCGUUUCACGCGUCAGGAACACCCUGUUUCUCUGGAUUCACGAAUCUUGAACUACUGGUCGUCGUUUGUAUUUAAGCAGAAAAUCGAAUAUAGAUUUUGAAUGAGUAGGACUUUGAGCAUAUUUAUAGACGCAUGUCAGUUCUCACAAAGUUGGUAUCCGUGACGCGCUGGUUUACAUCUUU